GGGAGGAGCCAGCUUGGGGUACUUUGUAAUUUUAUCAGUGCCGUUAUGUGGCAACUAUUUGCUUAACUUGGGUAUGUAAGCAAAGAAUUUCACAGUGAAGAAUUUCACUGUUCUUUCAAUAAAACAUUCCAUUCCAUUCCACUUAAGAUCUAAGUAUCUAAGAUAUUAUUCUGGCUCCACCGACGAGAUACAGACUGGUGUCUGCUUGAUUCACAAUCCUGUUACUUCUCAUCUCUCCCAGCUUUAGUAUAUUCCUCCCUGCCAUUGAAACACUCUAGAUUUACAUCCAACCCUGUCGUACUACCCACCAUCAAAAUUUUUAACCAAUUUCGUUGCCAUUAUAAGCUUACAUCAACAUCAGUUCUGGGUCCCAUUCAUAGUAACCAUUUAUUCCCCCCCUCUACACUUGACUCAACCUUUCGACAGUGGGGUUUGAAUGGUCUUAUGUCCAUUAAGGAUUUAUACACUAACAACAUAUUUGAUAGUUUCGACUACCUACACAAAAAACAUGGCCUCCCACAUAAUCAUUUCUUUAAAUAUCUUCAGGUUUGCCACUUUGUCAUGAAAACAUUUCCUUAUUUUCCUGAUCUCCCUCCUGUCACAGUGUUGGAUAAACUCACUCUUACCUUUGCAAAUAAAGGACUGAUCUCUGCAGUAUAUUCUCAAUUGAUGUAUUUAGGAGAUCAAAACCUGAACAAAGUUAAAGCUAGGUGGGAGAAUGACCUUGGUAUGGAUCUGUGUGAGGAAUGCUGGACAGAAGCGCUGAAAGAAGUCCACUCCUCGUCAUCAUGUGCUAGAUUGGGGCUCAUACAAUUUAAAGUUUUACACAGGGUUCAUUUAAGCAAAGCCAGGCUUGCGAACAUAUAUCCAGGGACGGACGCUGGCUGUGACAGGUGCUCGUUCUCUCCAGCCAAUCUAACUCAUGCAUUCUGGUCUUGCCCCAAACUUGUUAACUACUGGGCAGUGGUUUUUAAACCCAUCAGUGAAGUCCUUGGGAUGACAGUGAGACCUUGCCCGCUUGUAGCUGUAUUUGGUGUAACAGAUAAAACCUUGGGUUUAAAAACAACCCAGUCUGAUAUCAUUACAUUUACAUCACUUUUGGCCCGUAGGAGAAUCUUGCUGGUCUGGAAAUCUACUACUCCUCCAUAAAUCCAUGCUGACUUUGCCCAAUGAUUUCACCACUUUCCAAAUGUGCUGCUAUGCCAUCUUUAAUAACUGACUCUAGCAGUUUCCCCACUACUGAUGUUAGACUAACUGGUCUGUAAUUCCCCGUUUUCUCUCUCCCUUCCUUUUUAAAAAGUGGGGUUACUUUAGCUACCCUCCAAUCCUAAGGAACUACUCCAGAAUGUAAAUGGUUUUGGAAAAUUAUCACUAAUGCAUCCACUAUUUCUGCGGCUACUUCCUUAAGUACUCUGGGAUGCAGCCUAUCUGGCCCUGGGGAUUUAUCGGCCUUUAAUCCAUUCAAUUUACCAAACACCACUUCCCGGGUAACCUGGAUUUCACUCAGUUCCUCCAUCUCAUUUGACCCCCGGUCCCCUGCUAUUUCCGGCAGAUUAUUUAUGCCUUCCUUAGUGAAGACAGAACCAAAGUAGUUAUUCAAUUGGUCUGCCAUGUCUUUGUUCCCCAUGAUCAAUUCACUGUUUUCUGACUGCAAGGGACCUACAUUUGUUUUAACUAAUCUUUUUCUCUUCACAUAUCUAUAAAAACUUUUGCAGUCAGUUUUUUUGUUCCCUGCCAGUUUUCUUUCAUAACCUAUUUCCCCUUUACUAGUUAAGCUACGGUCCCUUUCCUAAUUAAGCUACAGUCAGGCAAACGUCUCCGCUGUCACGCUGUGAAAACAGAGAGGAAGAGACGGAGUUUCGUCCCACAGGCCAUCAGGACUGUUAACUCUUAUCUCACCAGGGACUAAUUUACCCUUGUGUUGUGGCUUUUUAAUAUAUUUUUUCUAACAUGUAAACAAUGGUUCUGUUCUAUUAUGUUCUGUUGUUUUUGCACAAUCCGCAGGCAUUGCCACUGUCAUGUCACUGCACAUCUUGUUUGUGUAUGUGACAAAUAAAGUUGAUUUGACUUGAACUGCAAUGUGCAGACUGUGAAAGGGAGAGCUAUUUCAUGGAAAUCACAGGUUUAAGCUUCACCGUGUGGGCAGCUCAUUCCUCUGAGCUGCGGAGUUUCCCCGUGAGUGAGGAGCAAAGCCCGGAACUGGAUUAUUCUUUUUUAAAACAAACCUUUGGACGGAAGGAACUGCAGAUGCUGGGUUAAAAAGGUAGACAUAAAAUGUUGAAGUAAAUCAGCGGGACAGCAGCAUCUCAGGAGAGAAGGAAUGGGUGACUUUUCAGGUCGAGACCCUCCAUAAAUAGGAGCUGACUGGUUCCUCUGCAGCAGAACGUGAUUCAGCAGAGAGUUGCUGCAUUGGGCAGAGGAUCCUUCAGCAGACAUUUCAUCAGCGACACAAAGUGGAAGAUGGGCAGAGCAGCCAGUGUGACCAUCCUCAUCCUCCUUCUGUGUGCCGUCACUGCACAGGGUAUUCCGAUCCUAGUUGCACAUGGACGGUGUCACUGCACUGGGACCAGCGCUAAAGUUAUUCCUCCAAAGUCCAUCCGGAGUCUGAAAUUCAUUCCCAGUGGAUCUCACUGCGAGAACGCAGAGAUAAUUGUCACGCUGAAAAAUGAGAAGAAGGUGUGUGUGGAUCUGGAAGCCAAGUGGUUGGAGAUACUCAUUAAGAAAGGCAACAAACACCACAAAGGAACAAAAUGAAGCUGCAAUCCAAGGGAUUCAAUUCUACUCCAGGAGAAUCUGCCGGGGAAUGAAGGAGGCUCAGCCGUGGGAGUUAACAGUGUGAUUCACCUUCCAGUGGUUCAGUCCAGUGUCUCCUCUUCAUUGUUUUCCGGGAAUGAUCUAGGGUGCCUCCUUGUCACAGUGCAUGUUUACAUCCUGUUACGGGGCAUGUUUAUACCUGAGCAAACAAUCUGAUAGUGGUUUUUAUCUUUGUGCCAAAUUCAAAGUUUAUUUUGAGGUUUGUGUUAACUUAGGUAGAUUUGGACGUGAACUCUGUAGAAAUGAAAUUAACAUCCGUUGUUGAAAUGUAAUACUAGCCACGAUAAUGCUGGCUGCUGUAUAAUUGAGUUCCCGGGAGGCCUUGUUCAUCUUGAACUCAGUACACAUGGGAAGCCAGUGAUGAGCUGGUGGACUGUGCCUAUUAGUAAAUUAAGUGUAAUAAUAUUCACUCCUAGUUCGUAACCCCUUCAAUUCCAUCAUCCUCUCUGCACUCUCAUGACCAUAGUCGCUGGCCUGAGAAAAUAAUUACACCACUGUGGAGAAAACGAUUUGUUAUCACAUGUUGUAAUCUCAAACCCAUGCAUUUUACCAGGAGAGAAAGAGGAUGUCGGCCAAUAUAUAAAGUUGAAUUAUCAUUGGUUAUUUCAUUAAAAUGAUCUGAGAUAGGAUGGUAAUGAUGGAAUUAAUGAAAUAAAUAUCUUCCACAUUUUUGCUGAACAUAUGGUGCAUUGCAACUUAAUUUCAAAUGUUUCCAAAGCAUUUUUAUUCCGUUCCCAUUUCUGUUUAAAUCCUGUUCAUAAUCUGUGAUGUACCAAUGUCAAUACUGUUGCCUAAUUGUUUUUGUUCCAGAUUGAACAAAAAUAUUCUUGUCAUAAACUACAAGAGCAACUACCCACUCGUAAGGGUUGUGCCAUUUCCCAGCAUUGUUUUAGACCAUUGAUAUUUUAACUGGAGCUGGUGUUUUCUCCUUAAAUCAUAUUUUAGGAUUUAUCUAGUCUGAAGAAGCAAAUUCUCUGCAGAUGUGAUUAUGUGAUGAUAAACACCUACAUUUUGGAAGGAAUUGCUGCUAAUAGUCUGAUUACCACUGGAGUAAAUGUAAUUGUAAAUAAUAGUAAUGUCUGUACAAUAUAUAAAAUAAAUAUUUUUGCCCUGAGGAACAUUCACUGACUGGAUUCAGUUGAACAAUGACACAUUUGUACAGUUGAUGGUUGUGAUUGAUUUUGCUGAGCAUUUUUUAAACAAAUUUAAGAAAACAUAAUAAAAUGGAUAACUCAUAAAGAAAUUGAUGUCUUUGCUUCUUAAUCUUCAGUACAUAGUUCCUUUUUUGAGUUUAGUUUAGUUUAGUUUAGUUUAGGGAUACAGGGCGGAAAUCGUCCCUUCGUCCCACAGAGUCCGCACCGACUAUCGAUCCCCGCACACUGACACUAUCCUCCACACUCUAGGAACAAUUUAAAAUUCAUGUCAAACCAAUUAACCUACAAACCUGUACGUCUUUGGAGUGUGGGAGAAAACCAAGGAUCUCGGAGAAGGCCCACAUGUUCACGGGGAGAACGUACAAACACCGUACAGACAGCACCCAUAGUCAGGAUCGAAAUUGGGUCUCUUGUGCUGUAAGGCAGCAACUCUACCACUGCACCACCAUGCUGCAAUGUUCCCUAGUCCUAUAUUUGAUCAAUGAAAUAGACUGAGUAAUGGAGAGCAAUUGGUCCACAGCAAAUGUUGUCAAUAGGAUUUCAUGGAGUUUAUUUAACUUGUCCUUUGUAGAACAAUUCAGUUGGAAAGAUGACACAAAUCAUACCGAGAAGAUCCAGCCCUGGUUAAACCACACUGCGUACUUGUGCCCACACCUUGGAUAUAUAUAUUGAUUAUUGAGGAUAUUAAAUAGACUUGAAGUAACUCACAUUUAAAUAGACUUGAAGGACAUCACAUUUGAAUAGACUUGAAGUACAGCACAGGAACAUGUUCUUCGUCCCACCGUAUCUCUGUGAACUGUGAUGUCAAAUUAAACAAAUCCCAUCUGCCGGGAGCCAAGGCAGUUUGUCCACCUUGCUGUAAAAAUCACAGCAGGACUUUGCAAUUAACCUUAAUUCCUGCCUUGGGCAAAAAGUCAAGAGUGUUUUAUUAUCAUAUGUCCAGGAUAGGACAAUGACAUUCUUACUUGCAGCAGGACAACAGAAUAUGUAAACAUAGUACAUUGUAAACAAUAUAAUAAACGAGAGAGAAAAAAAAUCAGUGUGUGUUUCUACUCCAUAUAUAAUAGUCUAUGUCGUUCAGAGCUUAUUUGAGGUUGUUGUGUAUAAUGGAUGCCAUUACCUCAACACUUUAAGCCUUUUUUCUUCAUUUUCCUGGAUAUUUACUCGUGCCAACUCCUUCAGGUCACUGAUCCUCCUAAGUCCGACUUGGCAUCUCCACUUCCCAGGGACAGCCCUGACUAAAGCUCCAGUAUCUGCGGAUUCAGGCUGCAUGUGACUCUAUUCCUAGAGUAACCAUAAUAGCUACUCUGAUCCCAACAACACGAUUCAGUUCAAUUCAAAACGUAUUACAUCUUCAACCCCCUCCCUUCACUCACAAUCUGUUCCUCCCUGCUGGAUUCACCAUCACCAUUCCAUCUCUUGCCUGGGUUGUCCUGCAAUCUUCCCUUGUUCAUACAUCAGCAUCUCCCUCAGAACCAGGGCCUUUUGUAAACAACAGGUAUCACCAGCGCUAAACAAACUAACACUUAUUGUCAAAGAUAUUAUACGCUAUUAAAUCUCAAUGUAUGAUUUUCCACCAUGGAACUUAUUUAACCCAGCCCAACUUCACUACAUGAUGAAUACACAUCUGCACAGGGGCCGGUCCCACUUCGAUCGCCGGAGCCGUAUGGAGUUGUGCGGGGCUGGUCCCACAUCGUGUGGGGCUCCGAAAAACUGAUACUGUCCAAAGAUUCCACGCGGCAAUGGCCACUGGGCCCGCAGCCGCAUUGAGGCCGUACGCAGCGCCUCGACGGGCAUACGCAGCGUCUCCACGACGUACGCAGCGUCUUGACGCCGUAUGCAGCGUCUUGACGGCGUGCGCCUAGCGCGUGGCAUUGCGCGAUGACGUCACCGCCCGGCGUGCCGUUACGUGAUGACGUAACAGCCCGAUGCCGUGCGACAUCCAAAUUCAGUCGGCCCGCCUCCAGACCAGCUGAUUGGUGAGUAUGAUGUCGGGACCAGCCCCGCACAACUCCAGACUGCUCCGCGGUUGGAAGUGGGACCGGCCCCUCGAGGCCGUACGCCUCAAGCAACCACGUUUGGUCGCGCUAGACGCAUGCAAUCUAAUGCUGGUGGGACAGGCCCUUAACUCUUUCAGAACCCUGGGGUGUACUCCAUCUGAGCAAAGUGACUUAUCCACCUUCAGUCCUGUCCAUGAUACAGGCUUCUGUUCCUAGGAUGUUAAGUUCAAGGGGCAAUUUAGAUUACCAAUUAUUAACAUUUUCAUGCCGUGUAUUAUUAAUGAGAUAAACUACAUUUAAUGGACUCAUACUAUCCUCUGAGCUGGCCUUGCUGCCAGCGUUAGCCCUUUGCAGGAAUUCCUGUUUUCCUGUUUGAUGUUAUUUGCAAUGAGAAUCCUCCCAGCCUGUGAUGAAUUACAAAAACAAGUGCAUAAAUCUCGCCCCCUGGAGGAUGGGAGUAAUUUAAUUUGACUUCAUGGUCAAAAUAGACAUCAUGGAUUGAAGAUCCUGUUCCUGUGCUGCACUGUUCUAAGUUCUAAUUUUCAUGUUUCUUGGUUAAUACGUAAUCGUGUGACAUUCGUG